AUGGUGUACUUUAUAUCCUUUUCCCAUAAAUUUCCAAAAUUUAGGAGACAUCCCCUUCAAGGACUCUGGCAGAACGUUGUAAUCCCUUUUUACAUACCUCAAACAAGCUGCCAGCAUAGUACUUUAGCGCUUGAAGCCAAGGCAGAAGAUUCUAGUAGAACACUAGACACGCAUACUGAUAUAAAAUAUUCCGCUCCAGAAAGGCUAUGUUUCCUACCGGAUGCAGAUACUGAACUUUGUGUAUUUGAAGCGAACAACACACUAAAACCUUUAACUCCGAAAUCAAUCGAAACUAAAUCUACAGCACAAUGUAGCAGCAGCGAUACGGAAGGAUCUGACUCCGCCGAUAGCGAUGAUACCCUAAACGACUUUCAAUCCUAUGCUUGCUUCGAAAAUGACGACAUCUCACUUUGCUCCGAUAGAACACCUAAGAAGCUUAUGGUGCGAAGACGAUUGCCAUCGGUUAAAAAGCAGAAGUACGAUUAUGUCCAAUCCAAAGUAAAACAAUACGUUAAAUCAAAAGCGAAUCAUCAUAAAACGUAA